CAGUCAGCCAAGUCUGUUCAGGCUAUAGCGAUGAAUUCACUUUUGCUAAAAAAACAGACACUGAACAGAGAAUAAUGUGCAGAGGAUAACCAAGAGUCUUUGGCAGUUUCUGCAAGAGAAUCACUCAAACCUUCCCUCCACUGCCCAAAUCCUGAAGCCUGAGUGAUUCCAGGUGACCAGUCGCCAUCUAGUGUGCAUUCAGAAAACAGCAGAGGCAUAACGGCAAUCACUUUAAGUACAGUCACUGGCAAACAGCCUUUCAUGCUGUUGAAAAAGAGGCAUGCAACUGACACAUGUCCCACUUGAAACUUAACAGAUAAACAUGACAGAUUGAUGGUCUUAAGAUGCCUUAUGUGCUGUUGCCAUGAAGACCUUGUUUAAAUGCUUCUGGAGUCUGCGAUCACCACACACAUUGCUUCAUCAAGCCAAGAGGCACCUGAUCUCACCUAUUGCCUCGCACUACGAAGUGAUAAACCGGGGCGAAAAGGAGGUGCCCAAGUACUUCAAUUUUGCCAGUGACGUUCUGGACAGGUGGACCCAAGUGGAAAAGGAUGGAAAGAGGCCUCCCAACGGGGCCUUCUGGUGGGUGAGCGACCAGAGGGAAGAGGUGAAGUGGACCUUUGAGGAACUGGGGGUCUUAUCCCGGAAAGCUGCCAACGUGCUCCUUGACCCGUGUAGCUUGCAAAGAGGCAACCGGAUCUUGGUGGUUCUGCCCAAGAUUCCGGAGUGGUGGUUACUGAACGUGGCUUGCAUGCGAACAGGCAUUGUUUUAAUUCCAGGGACAUCCCAAUUAACAGCUAAAGACAUUUCCUACAGACUCCAUGCUUCGAAAGCCAAAUGCAUUGUCGUCAGCGAUGCAUUGGCCCCAGCAGUGGACUCGGUCGUGCCUGAAUGCAAGUUUCUGAAAACCAAGCUACUGGUGUCCGACAGCGGCAGAGAUGGCUGGCUGAACUUUAAGGACCUCUUCCAGGCAGCACCUGACAGCCAUUACUGCGUUAAGACAACAAGCGAAGAGCCCAUGGUCAUCUAUUUUACGAGUGGGAGCACAGGCCCCCCCAAAAUGGUGGAACAUUCCCAGUGCAGUUACGGCAUUGGAUUUACGUCAAGUGGCAGGCACUGGAUGGACCUGACUCCUUCAGAUGUGUUUUGGAAUACAUCAGACACGGGGUGGGUAAAGUCAGGUUGGAGCAGUGUCUUUGCUCCUUGGAUUCACGGAUCGUGCAUCUUUGUACAUCACCUGCCGCAGUUUGAACCCGCUGUCAUACUAAACACUCUCGCCCGAUAUCCAGUCACCACUUUCUGCACAGCUCCUACGGCAUACCGAAUGUUGGUUCAGCAUGAUGUCACCAGCUGCAAAUUCAUGAGCCUGAAGCACUGUGUGACUGGAGGGGAACCGCUCAACCCAGAAGUGAUGGAGCGAUGGAAGGCUCAGACGGGGCUGGAUAUCUAUGAAGGCUAUGGACAAACCGAAACAGUUGUAAUAUGUUCUAAUGUAAAAGGGAUGAAAAUCAAACCGGGCUCAUUGGGAAAGGCGUCUCCACCAUAUGAUGUCCAGACUGUAGAUGACGAAGGCAAUAUUCAGCCUCCCGGAGAAGAAGGAUACAUUGCUAUCAGAAUCAAGCCAAAGCGACCCUUUUGUAUUUUCUCACAGUACUUAGAUAACCCUGAGAAAACGGCAGCCAGCGAGCGUGGAGAUUUUUAUGUCACUGGAGACAGAGCGAUUAAAGAUGAAGAAGGCUACUUCUGGUUUGUCGGGAGGUCGGAUGAUCUGAUUAAUUCUGCUGGGUAUCGAAUUGGCCCAUUUGAAGUGGAAAGUGCCUUGAUCAAGCACCCGGCCGUCAUUGAAUCGGCUGUGGUCAGCAGUCCAGAUCCCGUCAGAGGAGAGGUGGUGAAAGCCUUUGUUGUCUUGUCUCCUGCCUAUUUAUCGCAUGAUCCAGAAACAUUAAUCAAGGAACUCCAGGAUCACGUGAAAAAGGCAACUGCUCCUUACAAGUAUCCGAGAAAGGUUGAGUUUGUGCAAGAGCUACCAAAGACCGUUGCAGGAAAAAUUCAAAGGAAUGUAUUAAGGAAAAGAGAGUGGGGAAGUGUCUAACUUCUGCUGAACAUUUGCAAGUGAAGAAUCUUCCUGCAAUCUGCUAUUUGUUGCUGCAGUGGAGAGUUUCCUAACUCUUGCCUCCCUUCCCUAAUCUAUUGUUUAGUUCUAAUAUCUCAAGCAUGCAAUCCAGCAAUAAGAACUAAGUUUUCCCCUAAGUUUUCCUCCUCUUCUGAAUUUCUCCCUAGAUUUUGGACUUCCAAGUUAUCGGACCUUACUUCCAAAGUGGAAUUGCAAUGCAUCAGGAAUCCUCCAUUGUUCUCUAUUUUUAUUUCCAAAUGAGAUGGGGAGCUGUAGCCCUUCAGAUGAAUCUGAUGGAUUCCAGCUCCCAUCAGUCUCAGCCAGAAUAGCUAAUGGUCAGGGAUGACUGGGGUAGUAGUCCAGCAGCUUCUGGAGAUCUGCUGUUGUAGAGAAUGCAGCAUGCAUGAAAUUUGCCACAGCUCCCCUUUCUUCAGCUCAUUCUAGUGGUGGACAAAUUUGUUGGUUAUGAUUUCUCACCAUUUCUCUUUUUUUAAUAGUAAUAAUUUUUUUAAAAAAAUAAAAUUUUAAAACAUUUUUUUAAAUCUUAAUUUUAUUUCACUCCAUUUCCAGAUCAGUUUGUGAUUUUUUAAAAGUCUGCACAAAAAUUGCAUGUGUUUUUGAAUGCAUUUUUCCUAAUAGAUGCAUUUUGGCAAGCAAUUUCUCAUAACACAUUUUUAUGUUGUUUUCAUGAAUGUUUUGCCUAACAUACACUUUUAUGUAGACAUUUUUUUUGGUUGAGGACUUCACUGCAAAAUUCGGCAAAAUGUACUUUGAAAGGGUAGCUGCAUUUUUGGUUCAAGAAGUGUAAAUCUGGUAGGCUUGCACAAAAAUAUGAACUGAAUUUCUCCCCCAUCCCUCAUUCAUUCAUUCAUGGCUUUCCCUUCCUUUGUGUUACUGAUAAGCGUGGGUGCAAUGACAAACCACUACAAAAUGAGCCAUCUUAAUGUGACUGCAUAUAUGAUGAAAUUCAGAUUCUUGUGUUGUGCUGUGUUUUACAAAUGUUCAGACGUUCAUUGCAGAUCAACCAACCUUCACACACAAAAAGACAUUUUGCAGGAUCAUAUAUAUGAUUGUAGUGAGAAUUACAAUGCAAUUGCCUAAAAUUACAGACUUUCAGAGACAAGCUAUUAAUGGUCCUAUCACGUCAAGAGAGAUAUCUGAAGCUAUAAAUAAAAUUAAAUCCGGAAAGGCGCCAGGACCAGAUGGGUUAUCUGUAAUGUACUAUAAAUGUUUGGAGGAAGAACUCUUGCUACCUUUACAGUAUACAAUGAAUUCUAUUUUGCAAGAGGGAAAGAUACCGGAUAGUUGGAAAAAUGCUAACAUAACAUGAAUGCCUAAAGAGGAGCAAGAUUUAACUAAAACAAAAAAUUAUCGGCCGAUAUCUCUAUUGAAUAAUGACUAUAAAAUUUUUACAAUGAUCUUGGCAGAAAGAAUGAAAAUAAUAUUGCAACAAUUUAUCCAGGAAGAUCAAUCGGGGUUUUUACCUAAAAGACAAUUACGUGACAACGUCAGGAAUGUCUUGAAUGUGUUGGAAUAUUUAGAACAACGAAAUGAUAAACAAGCAGCUUUGAUUUUCUUAGAUGCUGAGAAAGCAUUUGAUAAUUUGAAUUGGAAAUUUAUGUUUCAGGUUUUGGAGCAAAUGGAUGUUGGAGACAAUUUUAUAAAAUGGAUUAGAUCGAUUUAUACAUCUCAGAAGGCUCAGAUAAUUGUUAAUGGAGAUUUAAUGGAUUCAUGUGAAAUACAAAAGGGUACAAGACAGGGAUGUCCAUUAUCUCCCCUUCUAUUUAUUCUGGUCUUAGAAGUGCUGCUUAGAGAUAUAAGGCAAGAUAAAAGGAUUUCGGGAUUAAAGAUAAAAAAAGAAGAAUAUAAACUGAGAGCAUUUGCUGAUGAUUUGAUAAUUGUAUUAGAAAACCCUUUGGAAGGAAUUAAUAUAUUGAUGGACAAAUUAAAAGAAUUUGGACCGUUAGCAGGAUUUAAGAUCAACAAUCAAAAAACAAAGAUGUUGGUGAAAAAUUUAACUUUAAGGGAACAGAAAGAGUUAAUGGACAAGACAGAUUUUACAAUAGAGAAAAAGUUGAAAUAUUUAGGUAUCAUUAUGACAAAUAAAAAUUCAAAGUUGUUUCAUAAUAAUUAUGAAAAAUUAUGGACAGAGAUUAAGAAAGAUCUGUUAAGAUGGGAUAAACAACAAUUGUCAUUAAUGGGUAGAAUAUCUGUGAUAAAAAUGAAUGUAUUACCAAGAAUGAUGUUUUUGUUUCAAACAAUACCCGUAAUAUCCUCUGAUUUACCUUUUAAACAAUGGCAAAAAGAUAUCUCUAAAUUUGUAUGGCAAGGAAAAAAACCAAGAGUUAAAUUUAAAUUACUACAAGACGCCAAAGAAAGAGGAGGACUGGGAUUACCAAAUCUGAGACUUUAUUUUGCUGCCUGCUGUUUAGUCUGGAUAAAGGAAUGGAUUUUAUUGAGGAAUAAAAGACAAUUGGAUUUGGAGGGCCAUAACCUGAAGUGGGGAUGGCAUGGAUAUCUAUGGUAUGACAAAGUAAAAGUAAAUGUAGACUUUAAUAAUCAUUUUAUAAGACGUCCUCUGUUGAAAAUAUGGAAUAGAUAUAAACCAAGGUUCUAUUCGAAAAUACCAUUAUGUGUCUCAAGUCAAGAAGCGUUUUACAGAAGAGAAAUGGCUGGAAAAGAGAAAUGGUUAACUUAUCAAGAACUAUUAGAAAAUGUACAUGGAGAAUAUAUAAUGAAAGAGAGAGAACAACUGAUAAAGGAAGGAUAUAGUUCUCAAUGGUUUGCCUAUUUACAAUUGUUAGAAAGAUAUAAAAUGGACAAGAAAAUGUAUGGGUUUGAAAUAAGUAAAUCUGAUUUUGAAAUAGGUUUGUGUACAAAUGAUGAAAAUAUAAUUGCGAAAAUGUAUAAACUCUUACUGAAAAUGGAUAUGGAAGAAGAACAAGUAAAAGAGUGUAUGGUAAAGUGGGCAAAAAAAUUUGUUUAUAACAUACAAAUGGAUCAAUGGGAAAAUAUGUGGAAAAAAGGCUUGAGAUUUACAUUAUGCUAUAAUCUUAAAGAAAAUUUCUAUAAAAUGAUGUACCGUUGGUACAUGACUCCAGAAAAGUUGUCAGAAAUGUAUAGUAAUGUUUCUAAUGUUUGUUGGAAAUGUAAACAACAAGAAGGAUCAUUUUAUCAUAUGUGGUGGCUGUGUAAAAAGGCAAAAUCAUUUUGGGCACAGAUAGGUAGGAUGAUGCAAAAAAUUCUAAAGAUAAAUAUUCAGUCAAAACCAGAAUUUUUUUUAUUGGGUUUUAUGGAUAAACAAAUAGAAAAGAAAUAUGGAAGAAUAAUAUUAUAUAUGAUUACGGCAGCAAGAUUAUUAUAUGCACAAAAGUGGAAAAUGGAAUCAACACCAACAAUGGAAGAAUGGCUAUUGAAAUUAAUGGACUUAGUAGAGAUGGAUAAAUUGACAUGUCUACUUAGAGAAAAAUCGACAGACACAUUUCUUAAGGAAUGGAAGCCUCUCUUAGACUUUUUGUUGAAAGAUCAAAAUAAAAUGAUGAUAUUGGGAUUUGACGAUUAACUAAGAUAGCCUAUGGAGAAAAGUGAUCAUGUAUGUAUAUAUUAAGGGACAGGUUUGAUGUAUAUUAUAUACUUAUAGCUGAUCUGCGACAAAUCGGAAGUCAACUAUUUUAUUUUUAUUUUUUUUGUUGUAUUGUUAUGUUUUUUUACUUUGUUUUGUUUGUCUUUUGAAAAAUUUGAAUAAAAAUUAUUAAAAAAAAGAAAGAAUUACAACGCAAUCAUAUGUAUGCCCAUAUUGAUUUUACCAGUGCACAUAUGAAUGUGGGGGGAGGGGUACAUUCAAACAAACUGAAAGAUGUGGCAAACUCCAUGCUGCAAUGCUAGAAUCAAUUUUAUCUGGGUAUUCUAGUUAAACAUCUCUGCCUGCCAAGUCUCAUUGUGAUAUUUGAAUGAAUCUGUUACUCUACUGAAAGAUGACACUCACACAACUCAUGAAUUGUGAAUAUACUAAUCUUAUAGACUAAGGAUGGGUGAGAAAUUGUUUGCAUUGCAAGCUGAAUAUAUCAAAUUUGCACUUUCCAAAGCAAUAUGAGAACCAAAAUCCAGCGACUUCCCAGGAGGAUCCCUCCACCUGUGCUGCCUCUGAGACGGGCUCCCGUCUUGGAUGAAACUUAUCCAGUUUUAAAUUCAGUCAGAAGGGUUUUUUCUGACUGGGGAUGAUUUCUUCCGGAUAAGGAAGAAGCGUGAGAUCUGCCACAUAGUUUUGUUUUGAUUGUUGGAGCCUGGAAUUCGUCAGAAUUGUCUGUCUUCCAGCAGUUCAGACAGAGCGAGGAUUUUAUGCUAGCUCAGCUGGAUAAGUGACCCGUUUUUUUUUAAUGGACUAGCAGGCAAACCUCCUGUCUACAUUUAUCAUUUUCUUAUCUAUAUAGCUAAAGAGAUUUGUCAAAGUAACAGCAAUUAAGAUAACCUAGAUGAGGUAAGACUUUCCUUCUUUAUUUACUGAACUAAGGGGGAAGAAAAUAUAAAUAGCUUAUCUUUUUUUAUUAUUAUUGCAAAAAGCUGACAUGGAAAAUUGCAUUUUAAAGAUUACAACAGAUGAGAGCUUUCUGAUUGGGAAAGAAAAGAAAUCUUUUUGAUUUACAAGACUUUUGUGUAAUAUAUAUAAGGGACUAUUUUUUCUGAUCUACUUUUUUUGUUGUUGUUGACGAAUCUGCUCAUUCUCUCUGCUACUAGUUAUUUGAAUGCUGUGAACUAAAAGCUGUUUUUGCACUUCUGGACAUUUAAGAGAUAAGGACUGUCUAGCGUGUGACGUUAGUUGGUUGGAAAGAUUAACUCCUUUGUAACUGGAUAAAGAAAUAAACUGCUCUUUGGGACAUUGAAAAUUGAA